CACGUCAGUGAAGUUCCCAGGGAAGGUUCAGCCGGUGCCUGUCAGCUCCCUGCCUUUACGUUUACCGUGUUCCGGCCGGGACAACUAACUUUGUCCCGGGAACCGUGCUCUUCUGUUAUUGACGGCUGCCGGUGAGCUGUGGAUGUGAAGCUAACGUCAGAACCCCUGCUAAGCCGCCAUUUUACAUCCAGGGGUCAGUGCAAGUGACAGGUCUGUCAAAAUGGUGGACAAGAAUAUCUAUAUCGUACAAGGUGAAAUCAGCACUGUGGUUGGCGCUAUAAAACGCAAUGCAAGAUGGAACAUGCACACUACGCUGGAAGAGGAACAGGAUCCAUUACUUCAUAGCUUUAACCAUCUGAAAGAAGUCUUGAAUAAUAUAAAAGAGCUUUCUGAAAUUGAACCCAAUGUAUUUCUUCGCCCUUUCUUGGAGGUGAUACGCUCAGAAGACACUACAGGCCCUGUCACUGGACUUGCUCUAACAUCUGUCAACAAAUUCCUCUCCUAUGCCCUUAUAGAUCCUGUCCACGAAGGUACAGCCGAAGGAAUUGAAAACAUGGCAGAUGCAGUUACACAUGCCCGUUUUGUUGGCACUGACCCAGCAAGUGAUGAGGUUGUCUUGAUGAAAAUCCUGCAGGUAUUACGAACCCUUCUCCUCACGCCUGUUGGCGCUCAUCUAACCAACGAGUCCGUUUGUGAGAUCAUGCAAUCCUGUUUCCGCAUUUGCUUUGAAAUGAGAUUAAGUGAGUUAUUGAGAAAAUCUGCAGAGCACACUCUUGUCGACAUGGUGCAGCUGCUCUUCUCAAGAUUACCUCAGUUUAAGGAGGAACCUAAAAGUUAUAUUGGCACAAACAUGAAAAAGAUCUCAUCAUGUCUACUCUGCAAACUGGAGCUUAAUAGUGGUGACCAGUCCAAAAACCUGAACCAGUUAGAGAGGGUACUUCUUUUUAAGCGCUUGAAGUUGAAGAUGAGAGCAGGAGGGAUGAGUGACUCAUCAAAAUGGAAAAAACAAAAGCGGUCACCUAGGGCGCCACGUCAUGUAACUAAAGCCAUGGCCGGAACAGACUCCUCUACACAACCCCCAUUGACAAAUGGCACUGGCAUAGCAGCUGGAAUUCCUUUCAUUGAUUGUGCUUCUCCUGAAGCUACCUCUCCAAUCUCAUUGGGAAGUUCAGAGGCCACACCAUCUCUUAUCAGUCCUAGCACAGAUAGUGGGCUGGAACUGUCCUCCCAAGCAACAUCCAAAGAGGACCUCUCGGAACUGGACCAGACCAGCCCUGUGUCUAUUGCUGGUGCCAUUUCUUCCCCAGGCGAUGCAAAUCUUUCAGAGCAACAAAAUCCAGAUGAUCCCAAGAGUGAAGCGUCUAUGGGCCAGAAGACACAAUCAGCCUCAGUGGAAUCCAUCCCAGAGGUUUUAGAAGACAAUAUGUCCAUGGCAGACCACUCUGAUUCAGCCUCUAUUCAUGAUAUGGAUUACGUCAAUCCUCGGGGUGUAAGGUUCACCCAGUCUUCCCAGAAGGAAGGAACAGUUUUGGUUCCGUACGGACUGCCGUGUAUCCGUGAGCUGUUCCGCUUCCUAAUUUCACUUACAAACCCCCACGAUCGCCAUAACUCUGAAGUGAUGAUCCAUAUGGGUCUGCAGCUUAUCACUGUUGCUCUGGAGUCUGCACCUAUUGCAAAUUAUGGUUCUCUUCUGGGCCUCGUAAAGGAUGAACUCUGCCGUCACUUGUUUCAGCUGCUGAGUGUUGAGAGACUAAAUUUGUAUGCUGCUUCCCUGCGGGCGUGUUUCCUUCUGUUUGAGAGUAUGAGGGAGCACUUAAAGUUCCAAUUGGAGAUGUACAUAAAGAAGCUGAUGGAUAUAAUCACUGUAGAGACUCCUAAGAUGCCAUACGAGAUGAAGGAAAUUGCACUAGAGGCCAUCAUCCAGUUGUGGCGGAUCCCAAGCUUUGUUACGGAGCUUUAUAUUAACUAUGACUGUGACUAUUAUUGCUCCAAUCUCUUUGAGGACCUUACUAAAUUGCUCUCCAAGAAUGCCUUUCCAGUGUCUGGACAAUUGUACACUACUCACUUGCUGUGUCUGGAAGCGCUGCUGACCGUCAUUGAUAGCACAGAAGCACAUUGCCAGGCAAAAAUCCUUAGCAGUGCCUCACAGCAGGAUAAAAAGGAAGCUGACAAAACCACUGUGGAUAUAACGGAAGGUUCCAAAGAACUCAACAGCUGUAAUGAACUACCUGUAGAAGUAAAAGUACCACAUUCAAACGCAGAGACUCUGGACAUACGACCUCCUACCAGCGGGCAUUUGAUGGCGCAGAAAAUGAGUAUUGGAAUUCAGGAGUCAGUGGAUGGAAGUGAAGGAGCUGAGAAAAAGAUCCCAAGAAAACCUCAACGUUUCUCAAAUUUUCUUCCAACGGCUCAAGAAUUAAUUGAGAUUAAGAGCAAGAAGAAGCUUCUUAUAACUGGAACUGAACAGUUUAACCAGAAACCAAAGAAAGGAAUUGAAUUCCUGCAAGAGAAGAAUCUUUUAGCAACUCCCAUGGACAACAAUGAGGUGGCGCAGUGGUUGCGCGAGAACCCCAGGCUGGAUAAGAAAAUGAUCGGCGAGUUUAUCAGCGAUCGCAAGCACAUUGAUUUGCUUGAAAGCUUUGUGGGAACUUUCCUUUUUCAAGGCCUAAGGGUUGAUGAGGCUUUAAGACUUUACCUUGAAGCUUUUCGUUUACCUGGAGAAGCUCCUGUCAUUCAUAGGCUCCUAGAGUUUUUUACAGAGCACUGGAGAAAAUCCAAUGGCAUGCCUUUUGCACACAGUGACGCCUGCUUUGCUUUAGCAUAUGCUGUUAUCAUGCUCAAUACCGACCAACACAAUCACAAUGUCCGCAAACAGAGUGUACCAAUGACUCUCGAGGAAUUCCGCAAAAAUUUGAAAGGAGUCAAUGGUGGAAAAGAUUUUGACCAAGAUAUGCUGGAAGAUAUUUAUCAUGCAAUCAAAAAUGAUGAAAUUGUAAUGCCUGAGGAGCAGACUGGUCUUGUAAAAGAGAAUUACAUGUGGAACGUGUUACUGCACCGAGGUGCCACGCCAGAGGGCGUCUUCCUGCACAUUGUCGCUGGAAGCUACGACCACGACCUCUUUACAAUGACGUGGGGACCGACAAUUGCUGCACUGUCAUACGUCUUCGAUAAGAGCAUGGAUGAGACCAUCAUUCAGAAAGCCAUAUCUGGUUUUAGGAAAUGUGCAAUGAUAUCUGCCCAUUACGGACUAAGUGAUGUUUUUGAUAAUCUCAUCAUUUCCCUUUGCAAAUUUACAACUCUGAGCAGCGAGGCUGUGGAGAACCUCCCUACUGUUUUUGGAAGCAACCCCAAGGCUCAGUUAGCUGCGAAGACUGUGUUCCAUCUUGCUCAUCGGCAUGGGGACAUCUUGAGGGAAGGUUGGAAGAACAUUAUGGACUCUAUGCUGCAACUCUUCAGAGCUGAAUUGCUUCCCAAGGCUAUGGUAGAGGUUGAAGACUUUGUUGAUCCUAAUGGAAAAAUCUCUCUUCAACGUGAGGAAAUACCGGCCAACCGAGGGGAGUCCACUGUACUGAGCUUUGUCAGCUGGCUGACACUCAGUGGGACAGAACAGUCCAGUCUGCGAGGACCCUCCACGGAGAACCAAGAAGCAAAAAAAAUGUCAUUGGAUUGUAUAAAGUUGUGUGAUCCAGAGAAGCUGAUCACAGAGAGCAAGUUCCUGCAGCUAGAGUCUUUGCAAGAGCUCAUGAAGGCUCUAAUAUCCGUUACGCCAGAUGAGGAGACGUACGAUGAAGAAGACGCUGCCUUUUGCCUUGAAAUGCUGCUACGGAUAGUCUUGGAAAACAGGGACCGUGUUGGUUGUGUGUGGCAGGCUGUCCGGGAUCAUUUGUACCACCUCUGUGCCCACGCUGUGGAAUUCUGCUUCCUUGUUGAACGGGCAGUAGUAGGUCUGCUGCGCCUGGCUAUACGGCUUUUACGGCGAGAGGAGAUAAGCUCACAGGUUCUCCUCUCAUUACGGAUCCUGUUAAUGAUGAAGCCCAGUGUAUUGUGCAAGGUUAGCCGACAAAUUGCAUUUGGGCUUCAUGAGCUCCUGAAAACCAACGCUGCAAACAUUCACUCUAGCAACGACUGGUGCACACUCUUCUGCCUGCUGGAGUGCAUCGGCGCUGGAGUGAAGCCGCCUCCCGCCCUGCAGGUGACGAGCAGAACAGAUAAUGAUGCAGGUGCACUGUCGGACAGCGAGAUUUCCUCGUACCACUCUAGUGAAGUGAGCCAUGAACGUGGUUACACCUCAGACUCUGAAGUCUACACGGAUCACAGCAAACACUCAAAAAUGCACCGGUCAGUGACAGAUGUGGAUAUGGUCAACAGUGGUUGGCUGGUGGUUGGAAAGGAAGACGUUGACCCUUCGAAAGCUUCCUCUGGUGUCAGUAAGCCAGCCGCAGCCCCCCAGAUCAAUCAGUACAGUUUGACUAUUGGUCUGGAUUUUGGCCCGCACGAUACCAAGUCUCUUAUAAAGUGUGUGGAAUCCCUGUCUUUCAUUGUCCGUGAUGCUGCACACGUCACACCAGAAAACUUUGAGCUAUGCGUAAAAACAAUACGCAUCUUUGUAGAGGCGAGUCUAAAUGGAGGUGUGUGGUGCAAAUCUCAUGAGAAGAGGGGGAAAGGCCACAAGUAUGACAGCAAAUCUAACCGCUUCAAGAAGAAAACCAAGGAGAAAGAAAACACAAUCCGCCGGUCCAAGGUUUCCAACCAGCGCCAGUAUCGUUCUCACAGCGAUGAUGAGGAAGAUGAAAGCGUUCCCGCCAGCUACCACACGGUGUCAUUACAGGUUAGUCCCGACCUGCUUGACCUGAUGCACACACUUCACACGCGAGCUGCCACCAUAUACAGCUCUUGGGCGGAGGAGCAACGCCACCUAGAGUCUGCAGGGAAGAAAAUCACUGCUGACUCCAGGACUCUGUGGUCCAAUUGCUGGUGCCCCUUGCUGCAAGGCAUUGCUUGGCUGUGCUGUGAUGCCCGGCGCCAGGUCCGUAUGCAGGCACUGACGUACUUACAGAGGGCAUUGCUAGUGCAUGACUUGCAGGCGCUGGAUGCGCUGGAGUGGGAGUCCUGCUUUAACAAGGUGCUGUUUCCACUGUUAACAAAACUGUUAGAGAAUAUAAGCCCCGCUGAUGUGGGAGGUAUGGAGGAAACAAGAAUGAGAGCCUCCACGCUGCUUUCCAAGGUCUUCCUGCAACACUUGUCCCCUCUGCUUUCCCUUGCCACAUUUGCUGCCUUGUGGUUGACCAUUCUUGAUUUUAUGGACAAGUACAUGCACGCUGGCUCCAGCGAUCUACUGCUGGAGGCAAUUCCUGAAUCCUUGAAAAAUAUGCUGCUUGUAAUGGACACAGCUGGGAUAUUUCACAGCGCAGACUCACGGACAGGCUAUUCAGAUCUGUGGGAGAUCACGUGGGAGAGGAUAGACUGUUUCUUACCUCGUCUUAGGGAAGAGCUAUUUAAACAGACAAUCAUCCAAGAUCCCGCCCUCUUAGCUGCAACUGAACCUUAUCCUCACAAGUCCCCGACAUCAUCUUCUCAAUCGCCCGCCCCUGCAGAACUCAGGACUACACCUCACACAGCACAGCCAGAGAAACCGACUGAACAGGCGCCCAGUGAUUGUGACCCUCCCAGCUCUGGACCACACACGGUCACCAGCUCUUCCUGCACUCCUAGAAUGAGCCCGGUCACAGACGUUCCUCCUCCCAUAACUCAGUCUCCCCUCAUCCUGCAUCCUCUGACGUCCUCACUGCAGGUUGGAGUCCCACGCAUGUCGUUGCCAAUCAUUCUCAACCCUGCUCUGAUAGAGGCAACCUCCCCCGUGCCUCUGUUAUCCACUCCUCGGCCUCCUGACACACCAUCUCUUUCUGAGGUCAACUGAUCUGCUGGACUACACUUGAUUAUUUUCCCAUUUAUGAACUGCACUGGUGCUGGCCAGGAGAAGACUAGCUGACAUUUUAUUUAAAUAACAAUUAUAUAUAUAUUAAUAAUAAAAACUGUAAAAAAAAACUGAAACCAAUGGUAAAUAGAAUAAGCAAGAACUCUAACUACUCUCAUUUUCAUCGUGAUGUUUCAAGCAGCAAGUACUCUCUGUCCACUACCAAAUAUCAGGAAAUAACUUGUGUAUUGUAAGAACUCCAUGAAAAAGCAGAAACAGUGAAUAGGUUUGUAUUAAAGCAAUUACUUUUGUUUAUGUAUAUGGAUAUCAAUGACAUUAAACUCCUGGAUAUACAACACACUUGCUUUACUGACAUAACAUUCCUUUAUGUGAAAUCUGUUUAUUUCUAUUACAAUAUCCUGAGCCCUGCAAGUUGCAUCCUUGUCUUGUGUAUAGAUUUGCACCUUUGUUCUUCUUAUUGCACUCUCCGUGUGUUUGUAACUGAAAAAUUCAGCCAUAACCGUGCAUGUUCGCAAUGCGCCAAGUCAAGUUUUUUUUAUAUUAGCCUUGAUCACAAGAAAAAGGUUAAAUUAUAUAUUUAUCCCUAAAUGUAAACAGGUUUACAAGGACAGUGUUGUUCAAAUUAGAAAUACUUUAUAUAAUAUAGCUGUAUAUUCUUGUUCUAUUAUCUGUAAUGUGCCCCACAGACAGCAGGUACUGAAUACUAGUCUUAUUAACUUAUUACUGUUGCCCUCCACAAACGCCUCAGCCCACCUAAUGUGGUAAACAUUUAGUAUGAAUCCAAAAGAAAUAAUAAAACCUCUGUUUUUUAAAACCUUUUCAACCAAUUUUAUUUUUGUGUAAAUUAAAAUGUUUCAUCUCGGGCAAAUUGUUUUAACAGAUUAAAGCUUUCAACACUGUGCAGUUUACAGGAAAACCGCAAGUUUAAGCUCGUUAGCUGAGAAGUUAAUUAACCAGGAAUAGAAAUCUAUACAUAGGCACCGGAAUCAAACAAUCUUGCAUUCAGUUUGUGAUUAGCAGAAAGAGAGAGUUAAAUCAUUAUAUGAUCAUAAACAGAUGUGUGUGUCCCUUUAAGUAAUUCAAAAAGAUAUAUUUUUAUUAUUCUCUUUAUUUAAAAUGCUCAUUUCUACCCCUUUGUCCAUUUUUUUUAAAUGUAUUUUAGAUUUCAGCCUCACUUGUUCAUUGGUUGCUCAUUCACCACAGUUUGCUUUAUGGCAGCUGAGGCUGAAUGCUGAAAAACUGCUACAUCUGUACUGUUGAAUAUGUCUGUUUAGGAACAGAUGAGUAAAUAAUGUACAUAAAAAUGUACAAGAUUAAAAUGUACUUUUAAUUGUGUAAUAAAAGUCAUUGUAAAUUAAA